AUGUUAAAGUCACAAGAUCUAAGCGACUUGUGUAAACUCAAAAAUCAAAAGUGUAGGGUUAAACGUCACAAUGGAGAAUAUGUUGAUGCAACUGUCAGUGAAAUUCAAGAUGAAAAAGUAACUGUUCUUUUUUAUCAGGAAGGUAAAUUAUAUAAAAAGAAAGUUACUCUUUUAGAUUUUCAAAUUUGGAAUUCUUUUUCGUUAAAUGAUUUGAAAGAUAGUGAUAACAGAGUUCAAGAUGACAAUAAUGAUGAAGAAAAAAGUGAUAUUGAAAAAUAUAAGUCAUUGACAGAGGAAAAUGAAUUUUUUUAA